CCCUUUGAUUUGGGGGUUAAAAGGUCAUGUCAAAGUUCAAGGUCACAUAAAAAAAAUUUUCUACAAAAAGAAAAUAUAAAAAUUAAAUGUAUGCCAUAUUUAUCAACACACCGAAAACAAAGCCAGAAGCUAAUGCUCAGGGAAUAUCAGCCAAUCAACUGGGGUGAUUUUAAACUUGGAAGCACUCAGAAGACAAUUUCUGUCAAAACUACAUUUUCAGUACUAACAAUGUGGACAGGGGUUAAAAAAACAGUGAUUACUGGAGGAAUAGGACUUGCUGUGCUAGUGCUAGGCCUAAUUUUAUUGUUUUGCUUUCCAUUGUUAUUCAGUCACAUGGUGCAACAGAAUUUACCCCUUGCCAAUGGGUCAAUAUCAUAUAAAGUAUGGAAGGAUAUUCCUAUCCCACUUUACCAGAAGGUAUAUUUGUUUAAUAUGACCAAUCCAGAGGAAUUUCUCCAGAAAGCUAGCAAACCUAGGCUUGAGGAAAUUGGUCCAUACACUUACAGAAGUUGGUGGAUCAAAGAAAAUAUUACAUGGCACCACAAUGACACAGUUACCUACAGGGAAAGAAAAAAAUUUGUUUUUAGACCUGAACUAUCAGUGGGAGGUGAGGAUGACCUCAUUACAACAAUCAACUUUCCUAUGGUCGCAGCAGCAGCAUGGUUACGUAAUGCCAUUCCUUUGGAAAAAGUAGCUGCAUCCAUUGUCUUAUUUUUGAUGAAAGAGAAGAUCUUUGUACAGAAAAGUGUUUGGCAGCUAGUCUAUGAAGGUUACCCUAAUUUUUUAACAGUGAUUGCUCCAUUGAUCCAUUCAGGAGUACCCAAAACUCAUGGACAUUUUGGAUGGUUGUAUGGGAAAAAUAACACGGAUGAUGGAGAGUUCACAGUUUUUACUGGAAAGGGUGAUUUAAACAAAUUCGGUAUAAUAGAAAAAUGGAAUGGGACACACUCACUCAAGUACUGGACUGGAUCUUGUAAUACGAUUGCAGGAUCAAACGGUGAACUUGGUCCUCCAUUGGCAAAAGAGCAAAAAACAGUUACUGUAUUUCAAACAGAUUUUUGCAGAUCUUGGAAAUUGAACUACAAAAAGGAGGUUAACAUUAGGGGUAUGAAGUGUCACCGAUUCUCUGCCAAGAAAUCUGUGCUUGCUAAUGGUACAGAUAACCCUGAAAACAGUUGUUUUACUACAAGAAGGCAUCUUCCAUCUGGUGUCAUGGAUUUGAGUCCAUGUCGCUAUGAUUCUCCUGUAGCACUUUCAUUUCCUCAUUUUUAUCUGGCUUCACCAUCUUAUCUCAGAGCUGUGGAAGGUCUGAAACCUAAUGCAUCCCUUCAUGAAUUCUUCUUGGACAUUCACCCGCGAUCUGGUAUAUCAACUAGUAUCAGUGCUCGCAUUCAACUUAAUGCCAUUCUGGAACAAGACAAAAAUAUAAGACAGUUUUCAAAUAUCACAGAGCUGGUGUUGCCAAUAUUGUGGCAGGAAGUGUCUGGAUAUCUGACAAAAGAAUUGGCAGAUGAGUUAUUAAAAGAUCUAGAAUAUCCACUCCUGUAUGCAUCAAUUUCUGCCUACUGCAUCACAGCUCUUGGUGUCUUUGUCUUACUAAUAUCGCUCACCUUAUUACUCUAUCAUUGGACUGACAAGAAAAAGCACUCAAGACAAGAGUCUCUUUUGGAACACGAUGGUUUGAAUGAAGAAGAAGAUUGUCCUAAUGUACUUAAUCCUAGUGUUUCCCCGAAAAUGAAUGACCAUAUUGAUGGAGAUGUGUAAUUCCAGGUUAUUUAGCUGUACUUUGAACAUAACCUUAUAACUUCCAGAUUAUGUAUUAUGAGAGAUAACAGUUGGAAGACUUUGUAGUAAUGAUUACUCCUUUUUCAAUCAAUCUUUACAUAAAGCUAGUGGAAAGAGUAAAGUGAUAGCAACUAACAUUUCUUAGACAAUGAAUGAAAUGGGAGUUGUAGUAACUUGUGUUGAAUUACAAUAUUGUGUUGAUAAUUUGUGUAACUAUUACUCAGAUUGAUUAUGAUAUAUGUAUGAAGUUAGCAAGAUGUGUAUUUUACAAAUAAGUCAAGUCAGUUUUAAUUAAUCAUAAACUAAUAUACUGUAAAAAAAUAGAAGUUGUGUUGCAGUUUUUUUGUGAUUUUAAUUUGUGUGUGUCUGUUUUUAUCAGUGAUAAGUUAUCAUUCUAUUGUCAUUAGGUUUGUAAUGAUAUUGUAUAUGAUAGUGAUAUCUGUAAUUUGAUAAGUAAAUUCUAAUAACUUCUUUAAUAGUGAUUUAUAUUCCCACAAAAUUGUAUUGUUUAGCAACAGAUUUUAACCUUUUUUUUCUCUCUCUCUCUCUACUAUGAACAGUACAUUUCUAUUUAUUUUUGUAUAAAUUAUAGAAUAGUCUGUGUUCAAGAGUAAUUGAUAAGAUAUUUUAAAUGUUGUGGCAUACAAGCCAUAAUAUAAAAAUUUAAUUGACACUGUUCAUUAUCAACUUUAUAUAUUGUUGCAUUCUCCAACAAAAUGACCUCAAUAAUAAAAUCUUCUUUAUCAGUAUUAGUGAUGUUAGAGAUGGUACAUAUGUUUGAAAUUAAUUCUGAUCUUACCUAAGAAAUUUGUUCAAAUACAGCUUAGAUGUAUUAACCAAGAAAAUUCAUAUGGACAACCACUUCCAAAUAUUUGUCUUUCUAAUAUAACUUGAGACAAACUGAUUUUUAUUGUCUCACUCUUCCUGUUGUUUAGUAAAAGACAAGUUUUCAGAGUUGUUGCGGAGAACCCAUUCUCAAGAAGAACUGUAAUAUCGAAUUUGGUUUUUGCUCCAGAUAUUGUACUUUGUUUACAAGUUAUAUUUUCUUGUACUUUAUAGCUUGUUACGACUUAUAUCGACUGUUUAAACUACCGUAAAAUUGUAUCAGGGUGUAGAUUUUUGAGGAUUCGUGGAUUGUGCAUGUAUUAUGUAACAAAAUUAAUCACCCAAGGUGUCAAACUAGGGUACAUUUAGCAAAGAUAUUAAUUACAAUGAUUGAAAAAAAGGAAUUAAUUUAAUCAAGAGAUUUAAUUUUUAUUUUGCAAUAUUUCAAACAAGCUUAAAUGAAGCCUUUUUCAUGCUUUUUUGAGUAUUUUUAUACAUGUUCAGUUUUGGUCUAAUUGUAAAAAAAACAACAACUUUAUGAUGAUUUUAAAAACAUUACUGGGUUUAUAUGUAUAGUAAAAAAUGCAUUUUAAAAAAUGCUUAAUUUGUCUCCUUUUGGAAUCCAAGUCAAUUGUAUAUUUCUAUGUGUAAAAUACUUUGUUACUAUCCAUUUUCGGUAUUUUUUUUUAUUCUGUGUAAUGUAGUAUGUAUGUUUUCUCCUAGUCACUCUUUCUUAUUUUGAAGCAUGAUGAAGUACAUUUUCUUAUUUCUGUUGUGUCAUCUAAUAUUAUGAGAAAGUAAAAUCAUUUUGGAUGUGUUCAUUUUGAGUUUAUAUAGAUAGUUUUAUUUAGUGAUGACUCCUGCAUGUGAAUAUUUCACUUGUAAAUGUGUUUGUACAUAUGUAUCUUUCAAUGCAUGUGUCAAAAACUAAAGAGAAGGGAAUAACACAAAGUCCAAAAAUAAAUGAAAAAAUCGCAACUUUAAAGUCACAAAUAUGCAGUUUCGUGCAUUUUGAGGGAAGAAAUAGAUUUUUAAAUACAAGGAAUCUCCUUUUUAGUUUUGUUUUAACAUUUAGCUAAUGCAGAAAUAUGUUAAAAUGAUAAAAUCUAAAUAAUGUUGACCAUUACAAAGCUAGAAAAGUAAGCUGGGUUUAGUAAGUCCCCUAGUUGAGCAGCUUUUGUGCACAAUGUAUAAAUAUCUUUUCUGAUGUGUGGGUUUAUGAAUACUGAAAGUGGUCACUUUUCACUUUGAAAGCUUAUUAAUGUGUUAAUGUUAUUUAUAUUUGUAUUCGCCAUGUUUUUGCUUAAUUCUGCUAUUUUUUUUUAUUUGUUUAGACUUUUAACAAUGUCAGGAAUAUUUUAUUUUUCAAUAUUGUAACUUUCUGUUACUGUUCUGAUGUUGAAGCAGUGGUUUUUAUUGUUACAAUCCAAUCAAAGUAUAGUUUCACCGUAAAUCUUUCAACUACAGGUAAGGAAUAUUUUUAAUAGAUAAAACUUCAGGUUCCUAAAACAAAAUUAUGAUAUAUGAAUUACAUAAAAACUAAUAUGUAAUUUUUUGUGUGGGACCAAAACAGAGAAAUUGUGGCCUGGUUUUAGUGUUAGCAUUUAAAGUAACUCCCUUAAAACAGACUAGUUUAUUAGAUACUAUUUUAAAAAGAGAAUACAUCCAGUUCCAGGUUAUCAUGUAUUAUAUGAAGUUAAGGGCUUUUAAUUUUAGUAUCACAAUUAAUUUAUCUUAAUUAUU